AUGCCUUUGAAAGUGACCAAAGUAGACCUCGACAAAGACUGGGACGAACUCCACGGACCCAACGCCGAAGCAGAAGCCAUCAAGAAGGGUUCUGCGGUACAGUCUCAAGGAAGCGGAACGGAGCCCCAUGAUCAAUGGAUCAAAGUCACCGACACCGACACCGGCAAGAUUGUAGCCGGGGCGUUGUGGAAAUUCUACGAUUCGAAUCCGUACCGGGCGCCGUUCGGCGAGUUCGACGCGACAUGUUUCCCUGAGGGCGAGCUGAGGGACUUGUGUAAUUUGAUGUAUACGCAGUUGAGGGCUUGGAGACCUAGGACCAUGGCUGCGCCGCAUGCAUCACUCCGUACCAUCGGAUCCAUCAGCCCAGUGUCCAGAGUCAGAAGGCCAGCUCGUAGAUCUUCUCCUCGAUCUCGCGGACCUAUCAACGAUCAAAGCAAUCGCGCUGAAGGCUUUCUCGCCGGGAACACCCGGCUGGACAUUGUCUUCAACAACGCAGGCGUCCUAUUACCACCGCAAGGUAGCAAAACAGCUCAAGGCCACGAGCUACAACUCGGCACCAACUGCCUGGGCCUGUUCCUCUUCACGAAACUCCUAAGCCCCAUGCCCGCCCUCACAGCGAAAAGAGCACCCGCACACUCUGUCCCCGUCGUCUGGGUCUCAUCCAACAGCGCCGAGAUAUCCAGCCCGCAAAACGGCAUCGACAUGGCCAACCUCGAUUAUCACAUCGACAAGAGAGCGGCGACGAAAUGCGGCACCAGCAAAGCGAGCGACAUCUUCCACAGCAGCGAGUCCGCGCGACGGUAUGGAGGUGAGGAUACCAUCAGCGUAUCAUUGAUGCCCGGCGCGCUGAAAAGCGAUCCGAAUCGACAUAUGCUGAAGCUGGUGCAGCUACUGCUUUUGUGGACCUUGCAGGAGGAUCCAACUUUUGGUGCGUAUACGGAAGCGUUUGCGGGGUUGAGUCCGGAGGUGGAUGAAUGGAGGAAUGGAGCCUAUUGUUCCUUGAGGAAGAUUCUAUCAUGA